AUGAUUCGAAUUGUUGUUCUACUCGUGUCCGUCGUCCUGCUCGUCGGCUGUUUGUUCGAUCCGGCGUCGGGACAGGAGCUCAGACAGCACCGGCAUCACCACGGGGGUCGAUCGCGGACGUCGACGGCCGCUCCGCCGGCCAUCACGGACGAGGAGAAGCUGAACGCGACGGAAACGGCGAAAAACCUGUUGCAGACGAGCCCCAAAGACGCUCUGAUCGUGACGAAGCGGCGCUUUUUGCGCAAGGAUUGGUGCCAGUCGCAGCCGCUCAUCCAGCGGAUCGGCCAGGAUCAAUGUCUCAGCGCCACGGUCCUCAAUCGCUUCUGCUACGGCCAGUGCAAUUCGUUUUUCAUCCCCAAGAAUCAGCUGAAGGAGGACGACGGAACGGAUCGGCAAGUGGCCAGGGGAGAAGGAGACGAGGCGGCCGGGGCCGUCCUCGGCGGAGCAGGUAUCGCCGCAACCGCCAAAGCCUUCCGGUCUUGCGCCGUCUGCCAGCCAAAGAAGACCAGUUGGGUCACUGUCACUCUCAAAUGUCCCUCGCUGGUGCCCAACAUCCGCCGGAGACGAGUCCUCAUCAUCAACCAGUGCCGAUGCAUGCAGCCGGAAUCCUCUUCUUGA